AUGCCUCAAUCAUCGUCGUCAAGGAACCCGCAGCGAAGCACGAAGCGCCGCAACAGCAGCGAGCUCGCCAACGACUUAAGAAAGAUCCGCCGUCGCUCAGCAAUCAUCAUCGACUUAACCGAUUCCUCGCCUGGGUUAGACGGUGACCACCAGACCGAUGAUUCGCACGAGCCGAUUACCCCGCCGCCUCGCACAUCUGCGCUGGGAGUGCAUGCCGUUUUGACUGAGCUUGCCCAAGUCUCGCAGCAGUUAGAGAAGGAGGACAGAGAUCGAUCAGACCUGCAGAAUAAGUAUGAUCGUGUCAUUAAGGACCUUAAGGAGGCCAAUGCAGCGUUAAAUGCACUUCGGCUUGUUCUUGUAGACCAGACCAUCGAUACUUCCGCUGGCCACUGUAACAACUGCGCUACCAAAUUUGAUUUCGACAACGCGUUAGAAUCGCCUUACAUCUUGGACGGAUGCGGCGCAGGCACCCAAUUUGCAGAGCUUGCAUGA